AUGUCUACAAAUGGCUUUAAAGGUGAUAUUCCUUCCUCGUUGGGUGACCUAACCUCUCUACAAAUUCUAGAUUUAUCAAACAAUAGAUUAUCUGGAAAAAUACCAGUGCAUUUGGCCAAGGCUUCAACGAUAUUCCGAAGUGGCAUUGGCAACCUCUCCCAGCUGCAAACGCUUCUCUUGAAAAAUAAUAGUUUUGAGGGAAAUAUUCCAAAUCAAAUAUGCCACCUGUCGAGCUUGACCGUCAUUGAUCUUUCUUGGAACAACUUCUUUGGUGAUAUUCCACAUUGCUUGCAUACUGCCGAUACAAAAACGACUUCCAUACCAACAAUUUAUUUUUGGGAUCUAGAAGUCACAUCAUUAUUUGAUGCUUUCAAACUCAAAAUAAAAAUAGGUAAUUUCGAGAAUCAAAUAGAGUUCACAACAAAAGGAAUAACUCUGUUUUACAAAGGAGUUCCUCUAGACCUCUUCUCAGCAAUUGAUCUCUCAAAUAACAAAUUGACUGGUUGUAUACCACCUGGAAUUGGCAAUUUUCGCCAUAUCAAAUCAUUGAACUUGUCCCACAACAACUUGAUUGGACCGAUCCCUGCAACUUUCUCAAACUUGGAGAACAUAGAGAGCUUGGAUCUUUCCUACAACAGCUUGCAAGGGAAUAUCCCUUAUGAACUCACAGGUUUACACUUUCUGGAAAGCUUCAAUGUGUCUUACAACAACUUAAGUGGAAGGAUACCUCAGGGACCAAACCAAUUUCAAACUUUUGAUGGGAGUAGCUACAUUGGAAAUCCACUCCUUUGUAGAGAAGAAGUUCCAAAUAGUUGCAAUUCGCCCAUGCCAACAGCAUCACCCAACAAUAGCAGUGAAGUGGAAUUCAGCUUUAUUGAGAUGGGCACUUUCUAUACGAGCUUUGCAGGGUCUUACUUGACUAUGUUACUAGUUAUUGCAGGAAUUUUGUACAUAAAUCCUCAUUGGAGACAAGUAUGGUUCCAUUUCGUUGACGUUUUCAUCACCUCUUGCUACUACUUCGUUACCUUUGGAAGAUCAAAGCCAGGUUCCUACAUAAGCGAUCACCCAUCUAAAGAAGGUUCAGUUUGCUAUGUUACGAGAUUUUGAAAUCCCUUUUUCUUUUUCUACAUUUCCAAGCUACAGACAGAAGGUGAAGGAUAUUGUUCAAGAUGCUGUAUUCCCUGAAGCUGGAUGUGAAAGUGGAAUAUAUUGGUCAUGCUAGAGGAGCGGGUGGGCUUGUCAUUGUUCGAGAUCUUGAUCUCUUCUCUUAUUGUGAAUCUUGCUUGUUGCCUUUUCAGGUCAAAUGUCAUGUUGGCUAUGUGCCAUCUGGGCAGCGAGUUGUAGGCCUAAGCAAAGAUGUCUCGGGUUGCUUUUAGAGCAUUUUUCUAGACCCUGAAAGAGUGAUAGCUGGGGAAUACCAUUUUAUCUCUUGUUAAUCAAUUCAUCCAGUUAACAGCUGUUUGUAGCUUAGAGCAUUGAAUUUUCUCACAGGUUUACUGUCAAAGAUAUCUAAAACUUAGUCGGAUCCAAAACAUGAACUCUAGACAAAUUAUGAAAAAUCGUUGGGGCGUAGGUGUAACCCUUCAUAGCGACGUGCUACACUGUCCGCGUGUAGUGUCAAGUGAGAUAGGGCCGCUGCAUCGCUACCCGAAUGUAGUGAUAAAUGAGCAAGGGUCCCCACAUUUGCUUGGACGGAUGUGGGUAAAGAAACUAGUACAAAAUCAAAAUCAAAAUCAAAACCAAAAUAAAAAACAAAAUUAAAAUUAAAAACAAAAUCAAAUUCAAAGUCAAGGCCAAAACCAAAAUCAUAGAUUAAGGAUUGGGUCAUGGAACAUAGGAACAUUAACAAGCAAAGCUAUGGAAGUGGUAGAUGUGAUGAUUAGGAGAAAAAUUAAUAUUAUAUUCCUUCAAGAGACGAGAUGAGUAGGGAAAAAAGAAAAAAACUUUAUUAGAAAUUGGACGUAAAAUAUGCUACAUAGGAAAUGAUCAAGCAAAAAAUGGAGUGUGGAUUAUUAUGGAUAAAAAUUUAGUAGAUGAGGUAGUGGAUGUAAAGAGAAUAGGGGAUAUGAUUAUUAUGGUGAAAGUUAGUUUAGGAAGAAUGACUAUGAAUAUCUUUAGUACAUAUGCACCAUAAGUGGGGUUAGGUGAGGAGAUAAAAGCAAAAUUCUGGGAGGACCUAGAAGGACUCAUACAAAUGAUACCAAGAGGAGAGAAAGUGAUUAUAGGAGGUGAUUUAAAUGGUCACGUGGGUAGAGAUGGAAAUGGCUAUAGAGAGGUACAUGGAGGGUAUGUAUUCAGAGAAAUUAAUAAUGAGGGUAAGUCUAUUCUAAAUUUUGCUAUGGCAUAUGGGUUUAUCAUAACCAAUACUAGGUUUAAAAAACGGGACGAACACUUAAUCACAUACAAAAAUGUUACAUUAAGCACCCAAAUAGAUUGCUUCCUCAUGAGACAAGAGGAUCGGUUAUGUUGUAGGAAUUGUAAGGUGAUACCAGAAGAGUGUUUGACUACUCAACACAGACUUUUAGUACUUGACGUCCAAGUAAGAAAUUGAAACAAAAAAAAUCACAUAAAACAAAAUCCAAGAAUCAGGUGGUGGGAUUUAAAAUAGGAGAAACAACUAAUCUUCAAAGAAAAAUUAAGGGGUAGAAGGGAAUGGAAUGGAGAAGGACAGACAAACCAAAUAUGGAGAGAAAUGGCUAAUGCCUUGAGAAACAUGGCAAAGGUAGUCCUUGGAGAGACAAAUGGUAAAGCUCAUAACCUUAAAGAGUCUUGGUGGUGGAAUGAAAAUGUACAAUUGAAAAUUAAAAAUAAGAAAACUUACUAUAAGGCUGUAUAUUAGUGCAACAAUGAAGAAAAUCUAAAAAAUUAUAAAGAAGCAAAAAAGACAGCAAAAGAACUGUCAGUGAAGCAAGGUCAAAAGCAUAUGAGAAUCUAUAUAAACGACUUAAUACAAAAUAUGGAGAAAUGGAUAUAUAUAAAUUAGCUAAAACAAGAGAAAGAAAAACAAAAGAUUUAAAUUAAGUGAAAUGCAUAAAAGAUGAAAAUCAAAAUGUAUUAGUAAAUGAAUGAGCGAUUAAAGAGAGAUGGAAUGAGUAUUUUACAAAAUUAUUCAAUGAUGGUGGCGACACAAGAGUUAGGUUGGGAUAUCUUAGUAACUUCGAAGGGAACAUGAGCUAUACAUUUUAUCAACGCAUAAGUUCAAAUGAAAUAAGGCAAGCAUUAAAAAAGAUGAAAAAUCAUAAGGCGGUGGGAUUGGAUAAUAUACCAAUAAAAGCAUGGAAAUACAUGGGAGAAGAGGGCAUCUCCUGGCUAACGAAAUUAUUUAAUGCGAUCCUUAAAUCCAAAAAGAUGCUAGAUAAGUGGAGGAAUAGUACUUUAGUUCUUAUAUACAAGAACAAAUGAGAUGUUCAAAACUGUGAAAAUUACAGAUGAAUUAAGUCAAUGAGCCAUACCAUGAAACUCUAGGAGAGAGUAAUAGAGUAGAGGCUCAGAAAAGAAAUAGAGGUCUCAAAAAAUUAGUUUGGUUUCAUGUCUGGUAAGUCAACAAUGGAAGCUAUAUACAUACUGAGGCGCCUAAUGGAAAGGUAUCGAGAUCAUUAGAAGAACCUACAUAUGGUGUUUAUAGAUCUAGAAAAGGCCUAUGAUAGGGUCCCUAGAAAAGUAUUAUGGAGGGUUUUAGAGAAGAAAUGAGUCCGAAUAGCCUAUAUACAAGCCCUUAAGGACAUGUAUCGCGGUGCAGAGAUAAAGAUCAGAACAUGCGGAAGGGAUACUAAACCGUUUAAAAUUACAAUAGAACUGCAUCAAGGUUCUGCACUAAAUCCAUACUUAUUUGCUUUAAUAAUGGAUGAACUUACUAAAGAUAUAUAGACAAAGGUGCCAUGAUGUAUGCUAUUUGUAGACGACAUAGUGUUGGUGGAUGAAACAAAAGAAGAAGUGAACACUAAGCUUGAGUUGUGGAGAAAUAAUUUAGAAUCUAAGGGAUUUAAAUUAAGUAGAAAGAAACCAGAAUAUAUGGAAUGUAAAUUGAGUAAGAAUGCAAGAGUGGAGGAUGUUAUAAUAAAAUUGGAAGGCCAAAUCUUACAAAGAAAAUACCAUUUUCAAUAUUUAGGAUCAGUGAUUCAAAAAGAUGGAGAAAUUCAUUAAGAUGUCACACAUAGAAUUAAGGCAAGUUAGCUAAAAUGGAGAAAUGCAUCGGGGGUGUUAUGUGAUGGUAAAAUCCCAUUAAAGCUGAAAGAAAAAUUCUAUAGGACAGCUAUAAGACCAGUCUUGCUAUAUGGCUCAGAAUUUUGAGCAGUCAAAUACUAGCAUGAGCAAAAGACAAGCGUAGCGGAGAUGAGAAUGUUAAGAUAGAUGUGCAGCUAUAUAAGAAAAGAUAAAAUUAAAAAUGAAGUUAUUCGUAAUAAGGUAGGAGUAGUGUCAAUCAAUGAGAAGAUGAGAGAGAUUAUACUAAGAUGGUUUGGUCAUGUGAGAAGGAGACACUCUUGUGAGGAGAGUUGAUGAAAUAGAACAAUUAGUCAAAAAAAGAGGUAGAGACAGACCUAAGAAAACUUUGAGAGACAUUAAAGUUUAAUAUUAAGUGUAUAGACCUAAAUGAAGAUAUGAUAAAAGACAUAAAUACAUGGAAGUCUAGAAUUCAUGUAGCCAACCCCACAUAAUGGGAUAAAGGUUAGAUAUGUUGUUGUUGUUGUAUAUUGUUAAAAUGAAUGAACAAAGGUUCAUCAUAACCGAUCUUCGUCAAGACCACCCCAAGAGGCCUGUUUUAACCAAGCUUUGCAACAUGGUUGGUAUCCAGUAAGGUGAUAUAGAUGUAUGAAUUUCAGGUAUAUAUCUACGUGCA